AUGAAAUUGAGUCGUUUUGGUGAAAGAAAGUUGCAACGACCUUGGUUAUUUGACAGCAUAGAUAGUGGUUCUUCAAGUGGUAAAUUGACAUGUUUUACAAAGAAUGUUCUAUGGCAUGUCAAGUUUGGGUUCAAUGUGUGGGCGUUGUUAAAGGAACAAAAUGUGGUUUUCACUUUUUCAGAAAGAUGCUCACAAGUGAAGGUGCAAUUGUGUAUAUGUAAAAGGAAAAGAAGGUUGAGAGACGGUAUGGUGGUAGUGUCAAGGGAUGCCGGUUUUGGUCCUCUUCUAAGAGGUGGUUAUUUAGUCGGAUACAAGAUUCGAGAUAAAGUAGAUGGUUCAAAAGAUGGUUCUUCGGGUAUGGUGGAAAAGGUGAAAGGUAUCUCCAAACGGGUGGAAAAUGGCAAUUGUGAAGUGGUAUCGAAUAUUGGAAAGUAUGUUGAUCAAAUUGGUAUGAAGGAGUUAGACAAGAAAAGUAGUCAUGAGAAUUUUCAACAUGGUUGUGGGUCUUUAGUAGUAGAGUUAAAUGAGGAUGUUCUUCAAGGUAAAGUUAAAGCGGGUUGUCAUUCGUUUACUCGGGAUGGGUCCAAAAGACAUUUUAGAAAGUUAGUCAAGGUAUCAGAAGGGUGA